AUGAGAUCUCGUAGCUCUGGCGAGAUGUUGCCUGCCAGACGAAGGGAAACUUAUAAAAGGUUGGCGGGAGAAAACGAAAUUGAUGCCCCGGCGUCUAGACCAAUCGUCCUGCCAACAAAUAGGCGGGGCAAGCUGUACGGAGAUGAGUGGUCUUGAAAAUGGAGAGGCGGUUCAAUGUUAUAUUUAUUUUUAAGAAUUCCCUCUUGAUUUCCAUUACACUCCUGCUUUCAGGCCCCAUCCCAUCCCAGCUGGGGAACCUUUCAGCAUUGCAGAAUCUUGACCUUUCCAACAACAAGCUGAGCGGUGAGUCAACACGGUAUUUUGUAGCUCUUCCCGGUCGAUUUGCGUGAGUCCGUGCAUGAAUCUCGCCGAUGCGUAGGUGAGCACGAAGUUCCACAAUCGUGGAAGUCGCGGGAUAUGUUUUGCCAGCACCAAACGACUCCGCGUAUGCUGUCUCGAAAAUAGAGGGGCGGCUUAAUGUUAUCUUCAUUUCCCUCUUGAUUUCCAUCACACUCCUGCUUACAGGCCCCAUCCCAUCCCAGCUGGG